CGGCAGCUUCCACACAAAGUUUCACACACAAUCGAUGAGGUGAUUCCGGGAAUCAAGGCGCUCAAAACACUUGCAGAAGAUAAAAAAGACUACAACACCUAGAACGCAACAGACUGAGAGCACGCACUCAAACGGGGGGACUUUGCUGGAUGUAUUGGACCGCAAUUGCUGCUUUUCUUGGAUGCAUCUGACUGCAACUACGUCCAGAGGGUCUCUGGCAGCAGAGAAGAAGGCGACGGCGAAGAAACACUGGCGAGCGUGGCGGCGACGGUGGUGGCGUUUGGCAGCGGCCGAGGCAUCGGAGAUUCCCCUUCUCCUCCUCCUCCUCCUCCUCCAGCUAUCAUCGUCACUUCGGAUUGACUUGAGGAAGUGCUCGCUGCAACGUACCGCACCAUCUUGUUCCUCCUUAACGAUGCGCUUUCUUCUGCUCCCUCCUCCUCCUCCUCUUCCUCCUCCUCCUCCUCCUCCUCCUCUUGAUAGAAGUGGUAAUAGAACCCGCGGCGCAGCCGUUUUGCUGCUCAUCACGGUUCUUUCCACCGUCUUUUGCUGCGCAGAUGGUGUAACUUAUUACUUCUCAGCGACGAUUGGAGACGAUAGUCGGGAUGAUCUCGCGGCCCAGGAUCCCGACACGCCAUGGCUCUCUCUCGAGAAAGCAAGCUCUGUCCAGCUCUAUCCUGGCGAUGAGCUGCUGUUUUGUCGAGGAGACGCGUGGCAUAAUCAGCAGCUUCGCAUCGUCGGAUUCGGUACGGCUUUGGCGCCUGUGCGCGUGGGGGCGUACACGUGUCGCAAUGGGACGGCCAGCGACCAGCUGCCCGUUUUCAGCGGAUCCAUCCGCCUGCUGGGCAGCCAAUUACAUUGGGAGAAGUGGGUGGCCAAUCCCGACGUCCUGGUCGCUGAUCUCUCCCCCUUUCUCUCAAGACGGACGCUCAUUCCUCAUCACGGCAUCUACAUCAACAAUGAGAUUUUUGUAAGUCCAAGAUUUCCCAACUACAGGGAUGUUGACGAUUUGUGGGGGGAUAUAGGGGAGUUUUUUCCGACCUUCAAGAUUGUAAGGGUUCGAAAAGGGAGAAAGAAGGGGGGGGGAGGAGGGGGAGGGGGAGGGGGAGGGGGAGGAAGAAAAUUAGACUGGAACAGCAAGAAGACGACGACGACGACGACGACGAUGACCCCUUCGUCGGCAUUUUCAAGGCUCCGGCUACCGGAUGGAGUGCUCAACGGAUCUCAAGCGAUCAUACGAUCGAGUCCGUACAGGUGGACAAGAGCUGGGUUGAUUCAUCAUGCGGGGGCGCUGUUUGUAUUCGAGGGGAGAGUGGAGGCGGGGCCGCUGUACUUUGAGGGCAAGCUGAUGUUCCUAGAUGCCCCUCGAGAAGCAUUCUUCGACAACACUGCGCGCCGAUUAUACGUGUUUCCACGACGGAACGAGAAAAUCGAGACCGUCGAUCUCGUCCCGACGCAUCUUACAGCGGUAGUCGAGGUCGCUCCCGAUGCGACCAACGUCAUCAUACAGGACUUGCGGGUGGAGAAGGGAUUCUGCGGAAUCUGUGGAGGUGAUAGACGUACUAGCACCCAUCAAGAUAAUACUCAUGAUAACCGUCCCUACAAAUCACGAGCCGAUCGCUUAUCAUCAUCAUCAUCAUCAUCAUCAUCAUCAUCAUCCUCUUCAUCAUCAUCAUCAUCCCAUUCGUCGUCAUCGCCAUCAUCAUCAUCAUCAUCAUCAUCAUCAUCAUCAUCAUCUUCAUCCUCCUCCUCCUCAUCAGCAUCAUCACCAUCAUCAUCAUCUGCUUUUUCUUGGCUGGAAUCGUCAUCAUCAGGAUCAUCUUCUUUGUCGGAUUUGUCGUCAUUUUCGGGGUCGUUGUCAGACGGAAACAUCCCAUCCAGCAAGAAUAAGAAUGAUCCAGGAACGACGCCGAAGGAUGAAGAAGGGAUGGCGAUGGAUGAUUACUCGUCUUCUCCCAUUCUGAAGGAGAUUAAUGUUGUCGUCAUCAAGAAAUGCGUGGUUAUGAGGGUUUAUCAUGGGAUCGUAUUCCUCCCAAAAGCAUGGAUGGAAGGAGGAAUGAGAGGAGGAGGGGGAGGGGGAGAAAGAGGAGGAGGAGGAGGAGGAGGAGGAGGAGGAGGAGGUGAUGACAGCGGUUUUCAUUUCGAUUUGCAUAUCGAGAGAAAUGUGGUUGGGUGGACGAUAGGAGAUGGUAUUGUGGCUGUUCCUGCUGUUUCCCCUUCCCCUUCGUAUGCUGGCGAUGUCCGGGUUGUUAAGGCUGUGGAGAACGAGGUCCAUCACUGCGGUUAUGUUGGAGGAUGGGAGAGAGGGGUGGGUUUGUACAUCCCAGAGGCGGUGGGGAACAUUGUCCAUCACACAGGUUACAGCUCAAUCUACACCGUUGAUCACUUGCCCGCUCUGGUCUCACACAAUUACAUCUACGACUUCGUGUUGUCUACCGCAGACGGGGGCGCAAUAUACGCCACCAACUCUGCAGCCAACGGUCGAAAGAUCAUCCGAGAUAACACGGUUGUAGAUGGAUGGGGUAAUUGGGCGGCCUUUAUGGAUGGGGAGAAAACGGACGUCAGCUCAAGGUGGGCGUGGGGCUCCGUGGGAAUUUACUUAGAUGGAAAUAGGACCUCCAAUUUUGAAGUCAUCAAUAAUACCGUGGUCAACGUGAUUGGCAAAGCUUUUCGAAACAACGCGUCGUUGAAUGGCACGUGGCGGUCUAACUUCGCCUACAACGCCAAGGGAGUGGCUUUCGAAUUCAUAUUCUACUACCCUUCUUCUUUCUCUUCAUCCUCAUCCUCAUCCUCAUCCACAUACCAAUCCCCAUCAUCGUCAUCAUCAUCAUCAGCAGCAGCAGCAGCAGCAGGAGCAGCAGGAGCAAUGGCUGAUUCUCAGAAUGAUUACUAUGCCAAUAAUAAGGAGGAGAAGAAGGAAGAAGAGGAAGAAGAGGAAGAAGAGGAGGAGGGGAGGCUUCUUGUAGAGAAGAAUGUCUUGUGUUCAUCUACAACCGUCUUGCAGUACAUGGUGUAUGGAUUAGGAGAGAAGGAGGACAUUCACCCUUCAAUGGUGUCGGCAGUACCGUGGAAGGAGAAUGUAUAUUGUGCUAGAGACGUGCUAUUCAGCUUCUGGAAGUCGUCGGCUUUCUUAAUUCAUCCAAUCAGGGGGGCAACCAUGGGUCCCACGUGGGUCGAGUAUAGGAAGAUAACAGGGGACUCAACAAGGAUGUGUAGUUUGAGAGAGUGGAAGGCCAUCCAGGUCAAGAAGAACAAUGUGAUAGCCUUCAUGGCGCAGGUGAAGCGAGAGAACAGUGAGACGGAAGCAAGAUUGGCACGGCUCUUGAGGGAGGUGAAGAUGGGAGAAGGAGGAGGAGGGAAGGGAGGAGGAGGUUAUCUUCUCAGUGGGUCGGAUUCCAUUGAGGGAUCAUCAUCAUUUGCCAUCGCGGGAAUGUAUGGAGCUGGGGAAGCUGAUAAGGCUGGCGGUUCAAGGGGGGGGGGAGGAGGAAGGAGCAGGGAGGUGGGGUUGAUUGCCGCCACAGUCAUCAGUGGAGGGAUUGUGGUCUUAUCUGUUGCAGCUAUCAUCAGCAAGAUCAGGAGCGAUCGGCGAGAAAGGAAGAUUGAGAAUAGCGAGAGGGAAAGAGAAAGGAGAGGAGGGAAGGGGGGAGGUGGGGGGGACAAUUCUGAGAAUGAUGAAGACAGAGGCCAGGCAUCGAGCGUCGGACUCAGAGGAAGCAAAGAUACUCGAGGAAAGGCCCACUAUGGCUUGCCUUGGGAAAUGGAGUCGCCGGUAUUCAAAGGUGAGGUAAAUAAAGUAGAGAAGAGGAAUGGGGAGCUGGGUAUGCAGGAGGAGGAGGACGAGGAGGAGGAGGAGGAGGAGGUAGUUGACACCCCCCCUCCCUUUGUCAAUAUCGAAGAGUGCUAUGAUAGUGUCCCGGUUACCCGUGAGGGCGAUGAGAAAGGAUUGCUGCCCACUCUCACUCCCCUCUCCGAUGGGCAUCCCGAUGACGAAGACUGAGAACGGUGUUUCUGAUAUGUUGGUUUCGUUUACUAUCAUCUGGUCGCAUCUGUUGAUUGAUUGACUUUACCCUUUGACCGACUAC